CAGGCUGAAGGAGAAGUAGCUGCCUUAAACCGUCGUAUCCAGCUUGUAGAAGAAGAGUUGGAUAGAGCUCAGGAGCGUCUUGCUACAGCUUUACAGAAACUGGAAGAAGCAGAAAAGGCAGCUGAUGAGAGUGAGAGAGGUAUGAAGGUAAUAGAGAACAGAGCAAUGAAGGAUGAAGAAAAAAUGGAAAUUCAGGAAAUGCAACUCAAGGAAGCCAAACAUAUUGCAGAGGAAGCAGAUCGCAAAUAUGAGGAGGUAGCUCGUAAAUUGGUCAUUCUUGAGGGAGAGUUGGAGAGAGCAGAGGAGCGAGCUGAAGUAUCUGAACUUAAAUGUAGUGAUUUGGAAGAAGAACUGAAAAAUGUAACCAACAACUUAAAAUCUUUGGAAGCUCAGUCUGAAAAGUAUUCUGAAAAAGAAGACAAAUAUGAAGAGGAAAUAAAGAUCUUAACAGAUAAGCUAAAAGAGGCUGAAACCCGGGCUGAGUUUGCAGAGAGAACAGUUGCCAAACUAGAAAAGACUAUUGAUGACCUUGAAGAUGAGUUGUAUGCCCAGAAGCUCAAGUACAAAGCUAUCAGCGAGGAGCUUGACCAUGCUCUCAAUGAUAUGACGUCAUUGUAG